ACGUCAAUUCGCGAUAUCUAGAUGGCGUUGAAGUGACGUAUGAAGGGAUAUCUCUGUGACGUCAAAGACUGACUUGAAAUAUUUAGAAACAGGAUAUAUACACAUGUUUACAGGACUUUGUUUAAGAUCGAUGUUUAAGAUCGAUGUUGCUAUGACAACCAUAAAGCGAAUCCUGCUGAUUCUGGGACUCCUGACUGCAAUGACAGCAUCUGUGAACGCACAAUGGUCCACGUGGGUGCACGUCAAAACAUACAUAUGUCUGCCAGUAUGUAGAAGAGCCUUGGCGUUCAAGAGGUCGUGUGCCAACGAAAGCUCGACCGUGGACGGGACGCGAUGUCCCGGCACCGAUAACAAACUGCUCAUAGAGGACUGCGAGGGAGGAUUGUGUACCAGAGUGGACGGCCAAUGGACGGCGUGGCAGAGACACGAUGUCGGAGAAUGUUUGCAGUCCUGUACGAGAAAGGUGACACUGACGAGGACGUGCACGGAUCCCAGUCCCGGACGUAUAGGAGCCCCGUGUCCCGGAAGUGAAUACACCAGCGUCUCAGAACAAUGUCUGGGAGGAAAAUGCCUGAGAGUGAAUGGGCAAUGGACAUCCUGGGAAAGAUAUCACGUGCUGCCAUGCCAAACAAACUGCAGGAAAGGCGUGGCCUUGAGAAGAACAUGCACAAAUCCACGCCCCGUCUCAGGCGGAAAGGACUGUCCAGGAAGUACCGCUAUUGUGAUCUCAGAAGAGUGCGACGACUUCCUGUGUAGACAAGCGGUCGCGCACUGGGCACCGUGGUUUAGACACAACGUUGGACCGUGCCUGCCGUCGUGUAUAAGAACAGUGAGAUUUUCGAGAACGUGCCGGACCGUGAAGGGCGGGGCUCAUCAGUGCCCGGGAAGCAACAGUUCAGUGGGCACAGAGGGUUGCCAGGGUGGCCACUGUACGAAAGUUGAUGGAAGAUGGACGUCCUGGUACCGACAUUACACGGCGCCCUGUGAAUUGAACUGUAAAAGGGGCGUGGCUUUCAAGCGGACUUGCACGAAUCCCCGCCCUAGUGGGUGGGGAAAGAAGUGCGCGGGGAUGGCAAACAAGCAUACCACGGAGGAAUGUUCCGGUUACCUGUGUACCAGAAAAACCGUGGGGGGACAGUGGUCAGUUUGGAGCAAGACUGGUGUCGGCCAGUGUCCGUCCACGUGCAGCAGAACGAUUGUGCUGACCAGGACGUGUACUAAUCCAUCCGGGUCUCCAGGCUGGCUGCACUGCGCAGGACGGAACACCAUGCGGAUCACGGAAUACUGUGAUGGAGGAAACUGCGUGGGAAGGAAGGUUCCAGAAGAGUCUCACUGGGCGUCGUGGACUGUAUACCACGCUGGGCGGUGUCCGGACUCGUGCGAGAGAACGGUCACUUUAUCCAGGACGUGUAUGACCCCGAUACCUUCAGACGGGCACGUGCAGUGCGUGGGACCCAAUGCCAAGGUCAUCCGAGAAGACUGUACGGGAGGCACUUGUGGUGAAGCUCUAGGAAAUUGGAUAUUACCAAAACUUAACCCGGACUAUGACAACAUACCUAUACCUGCAGUGGAUGGCGGAUGGUCCUCGUGGAGUAUCCUGCAGACACAGUUUGACGAGUGUCCACCCGACUGCCGCCAAGUAGUCUACUUAACAAGGGUGUGUUCCAAACCCGCCCCGUCAGGAGAGGGUCUCCGGUGUCGGGGAAGCAACACACGCGUCAGAACUGAAAACUGUUGUGCUCAUCACACGGCAAACGCUGCUACACAGAAAUGUAUCGGAGGCAUCUGCACCGAAUCCCAGUACAAGUUGAACGUGAUCGCAUUAACAGCAAUCGCUGGUAUGACACUGGUCAUAAUGAUCGCAAUUGGUUAUUUUUAUCACAGAAUCUGUUCGCAUCGGUCGCCGCUACACCACUGUCACUGUUAAGAACCAGUUUUCAACAUCAACAUAUCGCCGUGCGAAGAGUAAAGAACAACCAAGAAAGUCCAGGGAUCAGAAAUCAGACACAGACCCCAAGGAGCACCACCAGAUGUCCUUGACCUUAGGCUACCACUUAGGCUUAGGAUUCCACUUGACAAAAAUAACCGCUGAAGGCACGUCCAUGUUAUUUUGUCUACAGUAUCGAGAAACUCAAAUGAAACCCGUUACAUAGUGGUCUCUGAUACAUACGUAAAUAUAUAUUGUCAGAGAGAAGCAAAUGACAGUUUAACAAAUUUGACAGAGAUGUUGAGAGAGUGUAGUAACACAAAUGUAUUUCUCUCCAGGUCAGUGUGCACAAUCUAUUGGCAGAGGGUUCGCUACGCUAUACAUUGCAUAUCACUUAGAGAGAGAGAGAGAGAGAGAGAGAGAGAGAGAGAGAGAGAGAGAGAGAGAGAGAGAGAG